CUCUCUCUGUCUCUGUCCCUGUCUCUGUCUCUCUCCUCCUCCAUCCCGCCCCUUCUCUUUCUGUUUGUUCCCCACAGGCAGUGUGCACUGGCGGCCCUGAAGGAUGUCCACGAUUACCUUGGCCACGAGGAAGGUCACGUAGCGGUUUUCGACGCCACCAAUACUACCCGGGAAAGACGGUCACUCAUUCUGCAGUUCGCCAAGGAGCAUGGGUACAAGGUGUUCUUCAUCGAGUCCAUCUGCAAUGACCCAGACAUCAUUGAGGAGAACAUCACACAAGUCAAGCUGAGCAGCCCAGAUUACAAGGACUGUGACCGGGAGAAGGUGGUAGAAGACUUCCUGAAGAGAAUCGAGUGCUAUGAGAUGAACUACCAGCCCAUUGACGAGGAGCUGGACAG